CCAGGCUGAAGAAGAGGAAUUUGUAGUCUCAUUGGACUGAGUGCGUUAGAGGGCUGUUGCUUUGUGAUCUUUUUUAGGUAUAGAACUGGAACGAGAUUCCCGGAUAAAAAACGACUUUUCGUUACCCAAGCUUGAUGUUUAAUAAACGUAAAAUGAGUGCUUAGACACAGAAAUAAAGUUAUAGUCAUUUUCUGUUCAUGUCUCUUGAACAAAAACGUUUUACCUUUGAUAAAAAUGAGGCCUAAGAAGAGUGAGGCAUCGGGACAGAAGCGUGAUUGGUGGCGAUGGUGGCGCCUGGCGGCGUUAUCAGCCAUGAUCUGUUGUCCUCUGGCUAAGGCGUCAGUGGUCGACGAAGAGACAGAGACGGUGAAUGCGCCGCUGCCCAGUCUAUACAUGAGGCAGGAAACCGUGCUUCAAAAGCUGGACACCCUCAUCGACAAGGUUAAUAAAGUGGAUGUCCUGGAGGCCAAGAUUGUGGAACUGACGGCGCUUGUCUCAGAGAGGAACAGUUUAGCAGAGGAUCUGGGGGAUCGGCCGAGCGGGGAAAGUAAUCCUGGACAAGCGGAGGCCUUGAGUGCAAUGGGAGCCAAGCUUGAUCUGCUGAGUGACGACAUGAGGACCCUCAGUGCCACUUUUAGUGCCGUGGCGGCUAGCGUCGCUCAGCUAGAUCAGCGCCUCGGUGGGAUCCUUUGCGCUUCCGAUGGCCGGGAAGAGCUGCUGGAAGCCCAGGCUGUCAACUUCACCCUCACCGUCGACGGGGCCCUCGAGCAGAUGAAGAACCAGCUACGAGAGACGGUGGAGAACGCGUCGAUUUCCCUCGCGUCUCCUUCCUCUCCUCUCGAGUGCGAGGCGCUGACGGAGAUCCAAGAAUCUCUAGCUCGCCUAGAGGAUGUGGAGCGACCCUCGACGAACACCACGAAGCAGCUGUUUGCCUCCGUCCUCAAUCGAAUCCGUGUCUCCAACGUGGCCAUGGACAAGCGCCUUGGGGCCGUCCUGCAUACCUCUUCCCUUCGACAACGCGUCCUACAGGAUACGCUCCUCGCCGCCCUAGCUUCAGUCAUGACGCUGGUGCGGUCAGAAACUCGAGACGUUCUCACAGGUAUGGACGAUCGCCUUCAGGAGCUGCAGAACACGAUUACGACCGCCGCAAUGAAACAGGAAGAAGACGUCGCGAUUCUGGUGCAAGAAACGAUAAACACAACCUUGACUGAAGCUUUGUCUGCCGCAAAAGGCGACAUCGAAGUCCUUGUUCAGGCACACGAGAACCUCACGACGGCCGUGGCGCCCUUGCUCGCUCUCCGGAACCUAACGGAGAUGAAUAUCCGCGAAAAUGUAAACCAACUUUGCGUAGUGCCGAUAGCGGACGGAAGCGAGAACGUGACUUCCUACAGCGUCCACCCACAGUCGACACAGGACACUGGAAUGAUCGAACUGAAGCAGGACCUCGACCACCAGCUGCGGGAAAUACGGGACCAGCUGGAUGGGCUAAGAAUAUAUUACGGAACCAGCUUACAUAUGCAUACCAAUGAGGUGCUGAACGAAGUGGAGACCGCUCAGGACCAGGUGAAUGAGGCGGUGCGUGUGACCCUCGAGAAAAGUCUUCGCCAUCUCGAGAAACUGCGGAGGUCGUCCUUGGGAUUCCUCGAUGCUGCUGUGACAAGCGUAUCCUCCUCGGCUGUCGCUUCGGCCCAGUCCACCGCCGACCAGCUGAAGAAGGAGCUGAAGAAGGUCGCUAAGUCGUUGGAGGAGAGGAUGAUGCAGGUCGAGGCCGCCGUUUCCUCACGAGGCUCAGGGUGUCCGCACCGUUACACUUACGUCGGCGGGAGGUGCCUCCUAGCCAUGCCCCUCGCGUCGGCGACCUGGGAAACCGCGCGUGCCCUUUGCCUCGACGCAGACGGAGGCGACUUGGCUCUUCUACCUGACACCGCGUCCCUGGUAGCUGCCACGCCCUUCCUCUUCCCCGCGCCCACGACGCCGGCAUCGUAUUGGGUGGGAGGAAAGAGCCAAGCAGCUGCCGAAGACUGGACAUGGGUCGAUGGGUCCCCCGUCCGAGUGGAGAUGAGCGUGUUGCUGCCGCUGGAGGAGGGGCCAGUGGACGGGGGUGAAGAGUGUCUGGCGCUGGUGGAAGGGCGCGACGAGGCCUUGCUUGUGGCCACGUCGUGCAUGGGAUCUCGGGGCGCCCUCUGCCAGUACCCUCCGCCUAUGAUCUACGCCUCCCGCACUCCUGCGACGCCCGCCCCGAUGGCUGACGACACCAGCCCGCCCGUCAUCGCCUUCCACGAUAAUGCCUUUGACCUUGAAGACCACGACUUUAGGGUCUCGGACGUAAUCUUUUAGGAGUUAGUAAAAAAAAAAUACUUGUACCUCUUAAUGAAUAUAGACACAAAUGCACUGACGUAUAUAUAGAGAAGAAAGAAACGCAGCCACAAUAACACAACCAAACAGAAACGUGACGUUCGAGCCAUACCAGCUCCUCUUCAGCCAUCUUACUUUAUUAUUGUAGCUGUGUUUUGCUGUAUCUCUAAUAUGAUUUAAUUCAUUAUAUUUUCACCAAUGCAAUGUAAGGCCUGAGUUAUGGGUUUCCACUCUCUAAGGAAAACAUCCGAGCGACAGGGAAUACAGUGACCGAAUCAACUAGAUUUUAGCAUCACGGUUAACUGAUGACUGGAAGCUUCCUUUUAAUAUCGUACUAAUUACAUGACCUACGCGAAAAAUAUGCGAUUAGAAGAUAGGCCUGAUUACAGUAUCUAGAUAAUCAUGAUAAAUAUUUGAAAUUAAUUUAUUGCUGCGUCAUCAGAUUCUGUAUAAUGUCCUGUUUUGUGUGUUCCUUUCACUUAUAUCAUUACUAUUAUCAUUCUCUAGGCCAUUUGGAUAUUUGACGGGCAUGCAAGACUAUGUUGAUAUUCACUUUUUCGUCAUUAUACUUUUUACCUAACUCUGAAUGUCCUGAAUGUGCUCCUUUCAUGUAAGUUCCAUAAGACAAAACUGGACAGCUAUGUGACAUCUCAAACGCACACAUACACAUUCAUACACACAGGAGCAUACGAAUUCUUACAUUUACGUAAAACUUCAGAAAUACACAGAGAAAGAAACACAUAAACACACACACACAUCCCCUCCCCUCAACACACACACAAAUGCAUGUGGAAUCACCUUCGUAAACUAUAUGUAUGUAACAAUGUUUGUAACCCCAGAUGACAUGUGUUCCAAUAAACGGUUUACUUGUA